AUGUCAGCGAGCUUGUCAUCAAGUCGAAAGGAAAGAUCCACCCGGUAAUUCGCCGACAAAUGUCAAAUUAUCGAAUUAUCUUGUAUCGGAAGAAACAAAUCACCACGAAGAUUUAUAAGAGAAAAACCGGAUGGUCAAGCCUUCAAUUGCUUAAACAACGAAAGAGACUAGGUUUUGAUACUCGUCUUUUUUUUUACUGUACAUUCUCUUCAUUAUUUUUAUCUUUCUUUGACUUCUUUUAUAAUUAAAAAUUCAAGUAUGCACGUGAAAUUUUUAUUUGUUGCAACGUUGUUCGCAUUGGUGGCAUGGAAACCAGCCGAAAGUGUACGUUUCUUUGAUUUUUACGAGGGAAUUCAUUUGUUUGAAUAUUGGUGAAGGUAUUCAUCUCUUUGGUGACCCGUGGAUUUUGCGUUUAUAUAAAAUAACGGGAAUUAGAUACGUUUAUCGUGAAUAUUCUUCCAAAAAAAAUAUUCGAUGAAGUAUUUUAUCAUUCUAAGAUAUUUGAACAUCGCAAAACGAAGAAAUUUAAAUAUUUGAAAAUUAAGAUAUCUGAUGUUCAAAGCGUUGAAAUAUUAAGAUGUUAAAAUGUAAGAUAUUUUCAGACAGAAAUCUCAAAGUUCAAAUACUUGAAAAUUGUCGAUACUUGAUACUUGAAAAGUAUACAUUUAAUGUUCGUGACGCUGAAAUUUACGACGCUUAAAAAAUCGAAAAGCUUAGACGUUCGAAGAUCGGGAUAACCGAGCCAAUUUAAAACGUUGAAAUUUUAAAAUAUCUUCAGCUGUCUCAAGAGCAAAUGGACAAAAUGGCAAAGGGUUUGCGGAAAUCUUGCUUGCAGAAGAUCGAUGUAUCGGAAGGUGAGUGAAAAAAAAACUCGAACGAAAUUGAAUCGAACGAGGAGGGGAUGAUUAGAUUCUUAAUAAAAUUCAUUCCAUAGACAAAGUCGACGGACUGAAAAGGGGCGAAUUUCCUAACGAUGACCAGAACCUCAAGUGUUACACGACCUGCAUCAUGAAAUUAUUACGAACCGUAAAUACAAAAUGAAAUAACUAAUUUUCAACUCCGAGGUUGUUCGUUGUAACUGAUCGACGUUCUCAAUAUUUGUUCGUCUAGUUUAAAAACGGGCAGAUCGAUUUUGCAAUGGUGGUGAAGCAAAUCGAGCUAACGAUGCCAGAAGAAACGGCAGACGUAGUAAAGGAAGUCGUAAGAACAUGCCAGAAAUUAGGUAAGAUCAUUGAAUAUUUGAAUCAAUAAACUAUAAUAAAUCAAUAAACUAUAAUUAGAUAGAUAUAAUUAGAUAAAUAGAUAGAAUAUAGAAAAGAUAUGAUUGUAUCUAAAAUGAUUGAAAGAACAGAGUCAUAAAUUUUAGUUCGUAACAAAUAAAACUUGCAUAUCAUCGACAAUUUCAGAUAUUUGCACAUACAAGUAUAUUAAUAUAAUAAUUAUAUAGAUAUAUAUUAAUAGUCAGUAUAAUAAUAUCGUACUAUAAAUAGUAUUUAUAGUACAUACGUUAUACUAUUAAUUUAAUAUACCAUGUGCAAGACAUAUUACGAAAUACAAUUUACAAUAUUCGUAUCUUAGAAAAGACACGAGCAUAUAAUUUAUCUCCCUUUAAAUUGAUGUUUGAUCAAUUUAGAUGCCUCUCAGACACAUUCUCGUCAUAAAUUUUGCACCGAAAGUAGCUACCUUCUUUUUAAACUGUCCAUCUCUUUUUUAAAUCCUGUUGUAUGCAGAAUACACCGGCGAUGACUGCGAUAAAACGUACAAACUGAUAAACUGCUACUACACCACGAAUCCAGAAAUGUUUUUCUUCCCUUAA